GUGCAACUGCAAACCCAUGGCAAACCCCGACCCGAAGCUCAUCUCAUCCGGAAGUGACCGGAAGCCGGCUGCACCACUAUAGCAUUUUGUUUUGCAUUCAGUUCAGCAAUCAUAUAAGAUGAAGCAGAACGGAGUGCGACUCGUGCAGAGGAAGUUCGCGCAAGGUGUACCCAUUCCAGCGAGCAGCAUCAGCGUCGCGCCCACGCCGCCGGAGCGGAAGCCGGACCCACCUUACCCUCCCAAGAAUGUCUAUCACAACAAUAUGUCCGCAAGGAACCUGCUUGAUAUAGUGUCUAUGCAAAGCAUACACAAACACAAGCAAGAACCACUAGUGGUUCUAGAGCGUCUCCGAGACGACGAGAUACCCUCCUCGCCCGUGCCCGUGCCGAACGGGCGGUGCGGCCGACCAAGGAUCCGGGUGCCCUUGAGACGGCGGAAAGUCAAGGGCAACAAGGGCAACAUGUGCCUGAGGUCGGGGAAACGGAAGUCCACCGAAGCUGGCAAGGGACCGAUCAAGAAACGAAAGAAGCUGUCCUCGGAGUCCACAGACGACAUACCGCUCGUGUACUACUUCAACAACAGGCCUGCCAAGCCGCAUAAUGGACACCUUAGGCAGAAGGACAUCACAAGUAUGUUGACAGCUUAUUCUCCUAAGGCACAACCAUACAACAAAAAGUCUAAAAUUUGUACAGAUAAAAAUGAGAAACCGUCAGUAAGGGAGAAACGUCCGCCCACACCAAAGAAAACUGUCACGAGAGACCGACGCGACAGUACUGUUGACAAACCCACUUUAAGGGCAGAGUCCAGAGCGACUGAUGAGCGAAGCUUUACAUUUAAAGAGCCGUCGAGCCCGGCGCGCCUGAGCUACAGGUUGUACAAGAAGAAACCAGCUGCCGCAACAGCCCGGCAGCUAAAGACAGGGCUGCCGAAGGACGCGCGCUGGUCCACUCUCCGCUCGGCGCGAGCGCCCUCAGAGACCAGGGGCAUAGUACGACGGCUGCGUAACAAAGUGCUACUAGGUAAAAAGCCACCUAAACCAGCAGUCAGGAAAGCGGGCCCGAAAACUAAAAAAGAUGACACGCCUCCAACGCCGCCGGGUCCGUCCGGUUUCAGAGUGCCACGACCGCCACCCUCUGAAAGCAGUUCUAAGCUUUUCGAGAUGUUUCUGAGUGAGUAUAUUUACCAUGUGUAUAAUAAGGGCGAGAUGAGCCGGCUCGACCAUGAAUCUCAGUUAGCUAAAAUUAUGGUGGCGGUGUGCUCACGUGCCCAAAAUGCGCACGAAUAUUUAGCAGAAAGAUAG